CCGGGCGGCCCGCCCCUGCCCGCGUCCCUAUAACUGCCGGGAGCGCGGCGCCCCGCAUACGGCGAGUCGAGCCGAGCCAGGGCGGCACUGCUGGUGCGCGGACCUGCUGCCCGCCGGAGCCCCGGAUCGGGGCCUGGAGCCAUGGCUGAGCACAUGAUGAUGUCCAUGAGCCACGGUGGCACCGGGCUGCAGAGCUACCGCAUGGGGGUGAGUGGGCUGCAGGGACCCCCGCAGCACGGGCAGCAUGUGCUGAGGACACUGCCUGCCGCCAGUCAGAUGAUGCCCUACGGAGGGGCUGGCAUGGAUGGUGCAAUGAGGCCAAGACCCAACCUCAGCGGACAGAUGGGCCACCACCAGAUGCAGAAUGCGAUGAUGUUCAAUGGCCCAAGUCAGCAGCAGCAGUACAUGGGGCCGGUGGGCACCCAGCAGCUAAUGGCUAGCAUGCACCUACAAAAACUCAACACCCAGUACCAGGGUCACCCGCUGGGUAUGAGCAACGGGCCCAUGGGAGCUGGUGCCCAGCAGUACAGAGUGGGGCCAAGCCAGCACCCAGGCAUGCAGCACAUGCCCUCACCAGCGCUGACCUUGAACGUUAUGGACACUGAUCUCAUAGAUGAGGAGGUCUUGACAUCCCUUGUCCUGGAACUGGGGUUGGACCGGAUUCAGGAGCUGCCAGAGCUAUUCUUGGGACAGAACGAGUUCGACUUCAUUUCAGACUUUGUUAGCAAACAGCAACCCAGUGCCAUCAGCUGUUGAGGGGCUUUGAGCUCCUCCUUGUGUCUUGGUGUUUUGAGUUUGUUUCUAAAUUCCUUCUCCACCUGCCAUCCUCCUCCCUUCCCCUGCCUUGCCCUGUCCUGGAUUCCUAACCUCCCCAAAGAGACAAUCAUCGGACACUGGCUUGCAAUGGAUUGCUUUUCUCUUCUGUGUGGUUUUCCUGUGUGGGAGUUCCUGGGGAGGGGGUGUGUACCCCAAACAGAGAGCAGAUCAAGAGCUCUUGCUGUAGAGCUGCCUCUAAAUGGCAUUAACAGGAUUUCUGGCUUAAGUAGAAAUAAUGGACUUACGACUUUCCACAACUAGGCUUUGAGCGCAGGAAGCAAUGGGCAGCUGGCAGCACUGCCGGUAGCUGGAUUGCUCAAGGAUUCUGUGGUGCCAGCGAAGUUAAAGGAUCCCCUGAGAGAGGAUUGUCUCCCUGGUGCAUGGUUUGAACCAGUUUCCCCUUGCAAACAUGGGUGGGGUUAGAUAUUUGUUGGGACUUUUUACUGUGACAGUAAAUAGGUCUUCAGUCUUGUCUGUUCAGCUCGGAAAGGGGGCACUUCCCCUCCAGCAGGCUUUUUUCUAACUGGCUGAGCAAAAUAAAGUAUGCCUUGGGGAAGGGUGUGCGUAUGUGCCUAAAUGUUCAUCUCUGUGAAACUUCGGAUCUCUGACCUGUACAGCUAAUCAACUGUAAAAUCUACAAAGCAUUUGAGGUUGAUUCAGGCAUAAGGCUUAAAGCUGCAGUCUAGCUCCACUUUUUUCCACCUCUGAAACCAAAUAAAGACCAUGUAACUGUAUAUUCCAGAUCUAAUCUUAUUUAUUUUCCUAUGAUUAUUUAUUUGCAAGGAGUUAUUUUGUUAUUUGGCUUUGGGACUGCUGGGAAGGAUGCAUGGAGAGUACUGCAGCUUUAAGAUGCUGGCUUCAAAAAAAGAAAGCCUGGGAUAGUUUUCAAGCUGCUCUGCAGAUAGUCACUUCAACCUGAGAUCUUUGUGCUGAACGCAUAGGACUGUAAAUCCAACACCUUUCUGAAUGUGAUAAAGAUGACUCGAUUUCUAAUUCCCUUACUCAGAAAAGGUUAAAUGUAAAAGCUAGUGGGGUUUUGUUUCCUUUGCGGUCUCUUGUUUCCAGGCACUGUGCAAAGCUCCUGUUAACUCCUAGUUGCUGCUGCCCCCUGCUGCUGACAGCUCCUGGCAGCUGUCACUCGACAACCAAGUGAGAAUGUACAGAUGAAUUUGCAAAUAAAAGCUGAAAUAUCUCCA